GGAGAGAUCAAUAGAAGGCACUAGAAACAACCAUCUAAGAAAGAGCACAAUGUAUUUUGACUGAAAAUUAAUUGGAAUAUAUAAUAAUUAUCUAGCUGAUUAGUAUCGUCAUAGGAGAAAUAUGCCUUGGAUGGAUCUCUGUUUGAUUUGCCCAUAAUCUUUUUAUUUUAUUUUGAGUUCGGGGAGGAGUGCAACAAUCUCUUUAUAAUUCGCCUCCUCUUCUUUUUGCCCUGAUUGUAUGUUAUAGGCAUUGUAUAUUUCACCCUUUCCCACCGGAUCCAUUUGGUUCCUCCUCCUCAGGAAGUGGAGACGCCAGAGACAAGGACUGCCUUCAGCUGCUGCCUUCCUGGCGGUGCCCGCUAUCACUCUGCGAUGCCCUGUUCAUUUCUAGCGAGGAGCUGCAGGCAGUAGCGAGGGACCACGCAGGGGAAGGAUGCAUUUAAAGCAGGAUGUGUGCUGGAUGCUGGGAGACACGGCAGCGAUAGCAGCAGCAACAGCGAGCACAGAGGGCCUGGGAAGCGCCCACCCCCUCUCUCUCCUCCUUUUCCUCCCCCUCUGCAGGACCAUGCUUGCGUGAGGGAUGAGGCUGUGCACAGGGACGCCAGGCCAGAGCUGCGGCCUACUUCUUCUCACAAGAGCCGGGCUCUCGACUGCAAGAUCUGUGAAUGCUUUGCCACCAUCAAAUCAUCAGCAUCUUUGGUCACCAGGUAGAUCCAGGAGCAUGAGCAGGACUCUGAGCUGCGGGAGCAGAUGUCUGGUUAUAAGCGCAUGCGGCGGCAGCACCAGAAGCAGCUGAUCGCCCUGGAGAACAGGCUGAAGGCGGAGAUGGACGAGCUUAGGCUCCGGUUGCAGAAAGAAGUGGAGACCCACGCCAACAACACUUACAUAGAACUGGAGAGACUGGCCAAACGGCACGCCGUUCACACAGACAAAGAGAUAAAGGCAGCUACAGCAGAGGAGAAGAGGAUCCAGCAACAGAUCAUUGCCCAGCAAAAGAAGGAGCUGACCACCUUCUUAGACAACCAGAAGAGAGAGUACAGGCUCUGUAAAGAGAAGAUCAAAGAGGAGAUGAAUGAGGACCCCAGUACACCCAAGGAGGAGAAGCAGGAGCGUCUGUCCAGGCACAAGGAGACGGUGCAGCGCUCACAGGCUGAUGAUGAGGCCCACCUCCUUGACCAGCAGAGACUGGUCUAUGACAGGAGUUGCCGGGCCAUGAAACGCAGGACACUGGUCAGGAGGCACGAGUUUGAACAGGAGCAAAUGAGAGAGGAGCUGAAUAAGAAGAAGACCCAGAAGGAGAUGGAGCAGGCCCUGAUGAUCCGACAGGACGAGUCCACUCAGGAGCUGGAGCGCAGGCAGCUGCAGACACUGCAGAGGCUCCGUGUUGAGCUGAUCCGCCUGCAGCACCAGACCGAGUUGGAGAACCAGGAGGAGUACAACGGCCGGCGGCAGAGAGAGCUGCACAGGAAGCACGCCCUAGAGCAGAGGCAGCAGCCCCGGAACCUCAAGAUGUUGGAGAUGCAGAUCAAGAAACAGUUCCAGGACACGUGUAAGGUGCAGACCAAGCAGUACAAAUCCCUGAGGAACCAUCAGCUUGAGGUCUCUCCUAAGAGUGAGCACAAAGCCAUCCUAAAGUCACUGAAGGAGGAGCAGACACGCAAGCUCGCCGUCCUGGCCGAGCAGUACGAGCAGAGCAUCAAUGAGAUGAUGGCCUCACAAGCGAUGCGUCUGGAGGAGGAGCAGCAAGGAGAGUGCCAGGCGUUGAAGCAGCAGCUGCAGCAGGAGAUGGAGCUCCUGGAUGCCUACCAGAACAAGACCAAGGCCCAGACAGAAGCCCAACAUGAACGGGAGCUGCAGAAGCUGGAGCAGGAAGUCUCCUUACGCAGGGCCCACCUGGAACAAAAGAUUGAAGAGGAGCUGGCCUCACUUCAGAAGGAACGCACUGAAAGGAUCAAGCACCUGUUUGAACGGCAGGAGAGGGAGAUGGACGCUUUCGAAGCAGAGAGCGCUAAGCUGGGGUUUGGGAGCUUAGGAUCACUGGACUUCCCCAAGGAGGAUGACAGAUGAAAAUGGAUGUGUGUGUGGAGGACUCUUCCCUUCUGCUGUAUGGUGUAGACACGUGCCUGCACGGUCUCACUGUCGACUUGACCAUGGUCAACCUCCACAGUGACAACGCUGGGUAACUCUCUCUCUCUCUCUCUUUCUCUCUCGUCUUUUAGAUACCACAUCACAGCAUAGGGCUGUCAUGUGCCAGGGGAACUACUUUUGUGCAAUUUAAAAAGGGGGAAAAUAAAACAAGAUUAAUUCAAAACACAAGACAAACCAAGUGUGUGUAACUGAAAAGUCACAGGUUGGAGAUUACGAGAAACUAAUGCUUAUCAAAAAUAACAACUGACUCUUUCCUCCAUGCUGUCACAGCUCCUUUUGGUAUAAAAUUCAGGAAAUUUUAGUAAAAAUGAGCACUUUGAUAUGUUUAAGUAUUAACCAUCAUGUUCAUAUAAUGCUUAAUGCGUAUGUUACAUUGAGGGGCAUUGCGAUUGUGGAAUGUGAGCUGCGGACUACACAGUGAUGUUUAGCUGCUUCAUCUUUCUUCUCAGAGAAUGUGAAUAAUACUGUAUGUGAAUACUGUGAGCUAAAAGAGGGUAUGGGGACGGUGUCAGAUGUUGUAUCUACACAGUUUUAUGGAGAGCUUUUACUUAAUUCCAUAUUGCGCUAAAGAAUAUAGUCCUUCACUUUUUUAAACAAUUACGGUAUUUAUUUUCCAUUGUUCAGUAUUUAGGAUUUAUUGGCAUCAGUUUGAUCAAGGUGUGUAUUUUAUCACAAUGAUUCAACUCAGUAAAACUGCUUAUUGUUGCAUGCACUUUAAAGACACAUUCAGGUUGUGAAGUAAAGCAUGAAUCUGUCAAGAGAUUUUAGCCGUUUGUAAAUAAAAGUGGUCAUAGCAUUUUUGUUUUAAUGCCUAUUGAUACUGAACAUAAGCGCCAUAUUAGAUAUGACAAUUUCACAAAUGCCUUUAUUUAAGUUGUGCCUAUGAAGCGGUUUUGAUUUGUCGUUGUUCUUUCAUGUUUGUUUAGCACGGCCAACACCAUUGUUUGUUCCAUUCAAAUUUGUGAAUAAUUUAAUGUUCACUAAUCAAAGGUAUUGUAAAGGAAAUGGUGAGAAUUGUGCUGUAUAACUUUUGAUAUAAAUAUUUGUAUUUGAGAACCUAACUAGGAGAUACAGAAGAUUUGGUCGAUUACUGAUGAAGGAAAUUCACAUUAUAAUUGGAAAUAUGUGUUUUUUUUGUCACAAAUAGAACUGAUAUGGUAAUACAGUAGAUCAACAUAGUGAAAACGAAUCACUGCAGACUUAUCAGAUUGUAUAAAAACAGUUUAAUGGCAUCACAGAAUUACUGUAAAUACAGAUUUUUUAAAGAUGUCUGGCAGGUGGUUGCUUUGUUCUGGGUUGCAUUCAAGUCAUAGCUGUUUAGCUACCAGAUGUACAAUGUUUUGCAGUGUUCACUGUUGUUAUUGCACAUAAGGUUGCACAAUGUGUCCAUUACAGUGACUGGGAAGGAAAUUGUUUGGUGCUUGAUUUCUAAUAUCACCAUCAGCCUUUGUGAUCCUGUGACACAGACAGAAGACCAGAUUGAAUGUCUGUCUAUGGAUGUUACAAACUAUUUCAAAGUGUCCAGGGUGAACAAUUUCAAAAGAUUUCUUGAAUGCAACCCUGGUAUUUUGACAGUUGCCUCCAAACUCUCCUGUUCCCUAUACAUUGAUAAGUGAUGGAAAUCAUGCUCUUCAUAGUGGUGGGCUGGGCAAGUGAGAUUGAGAAUGGUAUAAUAUCUGACACAAAUGCAAGAGAACUAACUAUGGAAUUUGAAAUACAUGAAUAAACAACUAAUAUUUUCAAUGUGAACAACCCAGUAUGGCAUUGUUGAUACCCCCAGACUUAUGGCUCCUUGCAAGAAUUCAAGUGUCAAAGUUAUUUAGUAGGCCUAAUUUGCUGUAAAUUACUCCUUUGAAAGCAAAAUAUUUUGAGUUUGGAAGGUUUUUUAGAUUGUAACUUUUGUUGACAAAUGGUUUAGAUCCAUAUGCUAUUUUCUUUGGGUUGGUUGAAAAUGGUUUAAACCUGUUAUGAACCAAAGUGUUUAUGUGGACUUCAGUUAUAAAGAAAUAUGUAUUUAGCUAGAAUAAAGGGGACUUUCCUAAACUAAGCCAUGCAGCAUUUCCUGUGUGGCACAGAUGAAAUAAAAGAGAUUCUCUUGAAACAUGA